GAGGUGAGAGGUGAGGGGUGAGAGCUCCUCACAAUCUGUCAUGGCGAAUGAUGGAGCAGCGACUUGGGCUUUGCUGUGACUCGCAGCUCUGGCUGUAACGGGCGGAUCGCCGAGCUGCAGGCGGCAGGACACCGAAGGGGCAAGAAGAUUGAAACAAAUCAUAAUUCAAGGAGGCCCAAUGUGGACAGUUGUAGUAACUGGACCCUCUGCACCUCAGAUGACAUCAUGUCUUACUACAAUGAUGAGCCUCGAUACACCAUUGAACAAAUUGAUCUUCUCCAGCGCCUGCGCCGAUCCGGAAUGACUAAACAUGAAAUCAUUCAUGCACUUGAAACAAUGGAACGCCUUGAUCAGGAACAAAAUGAAAAGUUUGUUAGGCGGCCCAACUACAGUAGUAACUAUGGCAACAAUGUUUCUGCAUCCUCUUCAACUGCUUCUGCUGCUACACAAACACAAAGUAUUGCGCAAUCACCCUCACCUAGUAAUAGCUACGACACAUCGCCUCCGCCCUACAAUGCAAGCCACACUGGACGAGAAAGCAUGGCGAGCGAGAGACUUGUUGCCAGCGGAACAUUAUCUCCGCGGUACCAGAACAGUGGCAGUCAGAGAUCAUAUAGUUUUGACACAGGAGAUGAUGAUGCAGACUUGGAGGAGAAGGUGGAGGAGUACAUGAGAAGAGACAGCAAUGCAGUAAAAGAAGAAAUCAAAGCAUUUUUAGCCAAUCGGAGGAUUUCUCAGGCCGUGGUUGGGCAAGUCACAGGUAUUAGCCAAAGUUACAUAUCUCAAUGGCUGUUGCAGCAGGGUCUUGAUAUGAGUGAGCCCAAGAAGAGGGCAUUUUAUAGGUGGUAUCUUCUAGAAAAAAAUAGUCCAGGAGCAACUUUAAGUAUGAGGCCUGUUUCAACCACAACAACAGAAGAUCCUGAAUGGCGAUCAAAUGUCAGCCCGGUGACUGGAAACUUUCGUCUCAGAAGAGGAAGUAGAUUUACCUGGCGCAAAGAGUGCCUGUCUGUCAUGGAAAGUUAUUUUGGUGAAAAUCAGUAUCCGGAUGAGGCAAAACGUGAGGAAAUUGCAAACGCUUGCAAUACAGUAAUACAGAAACCAGGUAAAAAACUAUCAGAGUUUGAGCGAGUUACUCCUCUGAAAGUGUAUAACUGGUUUGCCAAUCGUCGGAAGGAGAUGAAGAGAAGAGCAAACAUAGAAGCAGCAAUCCUGGAGAGUCAUGGGAUUGAUGUGCAGAGUCCUGGUGGACAUUCCAAUAGUGAUGACAUUGAGGUCAACGACUACUGUGAGCAAGAUGAAAAUACUUGUCAUAGUGACCAUCAGCAAGAUCCUAUAUCUUUGGCUGUUGAAAUGGCAGCUGUCAAUCAUUCAGUCCUAGCUUUGGCUGGCCAGGGUGGAAGCGAGAUCAAGACAGAAGCAAUCGACGAUGAUUGAACGUAAGGCUGAGGGCAAUCAGGAUUAUGUUAUAGACUAUAGCCACCUUCUUCCCUAUUAUAUGUACUGUUCUGCAAAAGACUAUUAGAUGUAUAUUUAUCAUUCGUUCGUUCGCUGUGUGUUAAAUUGAAAGAAAAGUUCUCAUUUUUUAUAGCUGCCAAUGUGAUCAUCUCAUGUUAACAUAUCCGUGAAUAGAGGUUGUCAGGUGUGACUAAGGUUUGCUGACAGCUGACUGUGAACUCAAAAAGGAAACUUUUUUAAUGUAUUACUGCACAUUACUUAGUACAGAUAAAACUAUUAGCUGAAGGCAAAACAAAAGCAUUUUCUAUUUUCUAAAUUUUACAUAGCUAGUUUUUUAUUAGGGAGGUACGAACAAAAAGUCAAACCAGACUAACCUGGCCCAAAGUCAGAAGUUGCCAGGGCCCAGAACACAUACACUGCAGUUUCUCCAAGGUUCCAACUGCUGGAAACUGAGAAACAAAUGGCUCCCAUGCCCAAUGCUAGAUUUUACAUGGGCUGUUUCAGAUUAGUCUUUGUUCGUUGGUUCCUAUUUUCCAGCCUGUUUUGAGAAUCAGGGUCAGGGUAGACAUCACAUAGUCAAAGCCUACAUAGUCAUUCCCUGAUCAAAUCAUUUAUUUUCCAAUCUAUGUUUUAUUUGAAAAAUAAAUUCAAGUUAUUUGUAGAAGAUUUGGUUGAACCUCAGCUGGAAGGCAUCCUGUGGAGGAGCUAUCAACCACCUCUUCGUGCCUAUUUGUGCAUUGCAAUUAAAUGAUGACAUUUAUAGUAACAAAACAUUACAUUUUGGAAUUUGCCUCGUAGGCUAAAGAGGAACCAAAUGUUUGGAUCUGACAGACCUUCCAAAAGAGACAAUUCUGCCAAUUUCCACUUCCCCAGAAGCAAGCUGUGUGUAAUGAGAAGUGAAAACCAUUCACUGUUGCAAUGAUCUCAUAAGUUUUAUUAUAAUUUUGCCGAUAUUUAAGGUCUGUAACUGCAGUACCAUUCUUUAAUUGUUUUUUUUAACUGUAUGUAGAGUGUUACAAACAUGAAUCCAGUCUCAAAUUUGAUGUU